UGGACAGGCACCAUUUCCUCCUGGCGAGCUGGAUCCCUUUUUUGUUUUUAUCCUGAGUUUGAUGCGGUUUACGUGUUAGAUGUGAUUACAGAGGUCAGUGUGAAGAUCUGCUGGUGUUGUACUGCAUCAUAGAAAUGGCCUAUGAACUACAGAGGCAAGACUCACAUCGGGUGUAUGACUAUAUUGAAGGGGAUGGUUACCCCGGUGAUCAGCAAUCCCUAAGGUUGCGACGGGGCCAGUCUCGGAUGUCCAAUCAGAAUUACCAUCAGUACAACUGGAGCUCGACCCCUGCAGAGCAGGAUGAAGAGAGCAGCAGUGGACCCCCCCGUGACCUCAGGAGCAUCCCUAUGCCCAUGGCCCUGAAAAGAGCUACGCGGCAGGUGCAGCAAAUGCAGGUACCUGUGGUCUCCAGAGGGGAGUCCUGGAAACGAAAGAAGACCAAACCUCUGCUAAAACUCAAACAUGGCAUCAGGGAAUUUCUCUACUUUUUCUCUCUGUGGAGAAGCUCUUUGCAAAAGAUUGGAGGGAACUUUGGAGGUGGUGUCCAGUCAUACUUCCUGUUCCUGCGAUUCUUGGUGGUGCUAAAUUUUGUUUCCUUCUUAUUGAUUGCUGGAUUCGUCCUCAUCCCCAGCAUUGUCUUCAGACAUGUUGGGAGCAGUCUUGUUAACAACACUGGUCCAGAAGAAUGCAUGGUUUAUGACCCUAAUCCUCAAGGCUUGGUGGUCUUCUAUUCUUACUUCCUUGACUUACUUUCAGGAACGGGUUUCAUGGAGUAUUCAUACCUCUUCUAUGGCUUCUACAACAACACGAUAGUGGUGGACAGUAACUUCUCCUACAACAUCCCUCUGGCCUACAUCUUAACUGCGGUCUUCUACUUUGCCUUUUGUCUCAUUUGCAUCAUAGAACGCAUGGGGACUGCAGCUCGAGUUGCUGUGGCAACGGGAGGCAGCGCUGUGGGCAACUACAGCCUGAUAGUGUUCAUCGGCUGGGACUAUGGUUGCCUGGGAGACCGAGCCACCAAACUGAAGCAGAAGAACAUCCACUAUAGGCUACAGGUGGAUCUGGAGGAAGAGAGAAUAAAGAAACAGGCAGCCACUCUGACAUCGGCUCAAAAAAUUGUUUUACACUCACUUCGUGUUUUUAUGGUUCUUGUUUCUUCGGGGCUCAUCGUAGCAGCCUUUUACGGCAUCUUCGAGGCCACAACCUACAGCCAGAAACAGAGCGAAGCGCAGGGGAUCUUGGGUUUGAUUUUUCAGUACCUACCUUCCAUUGUCAUCACCGCUGGAAACUUUGUGGUGCCUCUGUUGUGUGACCAGAUCGCCUUAAUAGAGCGUUACAGCCCCAGCACUACUGUCGUAGUUGCACUAUUAAGGGCCGUGUUUCUGCGCCUGGUGAGUUUGGGUGUUCUCCUUUACACCCUGUGGAGUCAGAUCACCUGUGAAGGGGGGUCAGAUCAUACGAAUAACAAAUGUACAUUGUGCCAAUACGACCAUAUGACCUACCAGUGCUGGGAAACACGAAUGGGACAGGAGAUGUACAAGCUGACACUGUUUGACUUCCUCAUCAACAUCGCUAUGCUCGUACUGGUUGAGUUUCCACGCAGGAUGGUGGUGGACAACUGGUCCAAUAAGCUGGCUCAGUGGGUGGGUCGACAGGAGUUUGUAGUUUCUUCCAACGUGCUCGGCCUGGUUUAUGGUCAGACUGUGGUGUGGACGGGGGCUCUUUUUUGCCCCCUGCUUCCGGUCAUCAACACCAUAAAGUUUUUCAUCAUCUUCUACUGCAAGAAGAUCACACUCUUCAAUAAUUGUCGGCCAGCCUUGAAGACGUUUCGUUCCACCACCUCCACCUUCUUUUUCCUGGUGGUGCUCACGUUUGGCUGGGGCCUGGGCAUAGUCGUCAUGAUUUACAGUUUAGCUCAGAUCCGUCCUUCAAUGAGUUGCGGGCCUUUCCGUUUCUUACCCAUAAUGUGGGAAAUUGUUCCAACCUCUUUCUACAAUCUGACCAAAACAACACAGGAGUUUCUAUUCUUCAUUGGCUCACAGGCAUUCUCAAUCCCUCUCUUUGUAUUAUCCUGUGUGCUGAUGUGUUAUUUUGUAGCUUUAGCAUCAGUCUAUGGAAAAAGUGUUGCUCUGCUAAGAGCUCAGCUUAAACUGGAGGGCCGCGACAAGCAGUUCUUGGUCAAACAGAUUGAGCAGUUCACUCGGAAACAGAUACCGAACCAGCAUGACUGAACAUAAAAUAUGGACUAUGCGACACAAUAAAGCUGAUUUUUAAUGUCAGCUUCAUAUACACUUCAUAUACUGUUUAUUAUAACACUACCUAAAUUAUGUAAUCAAAACAAAACAUAUAUAAAAACAAUGUAGGCCUACUGUGAAUAAUAUUGAUAUUCUCAUACAAUAUAUAUAUAUUGUGCCUGAUAUGUUUUUUUCAACACAAAAAAAGUUCAAUUACCUGAUUAAAACUAUUCAAGAAUCUCCA